AUGGAUCAGUGUGAAGACAAAGACGAAGAAGCUCAGGGGUGAGAGAAAGAUUUACUUAACCUGAAGCUAUUUUUUUAACUAGAAGCAGAUUUCAGAAGAAGUCUGUGUCAGUAGAGAGGUUGAAACCCUGUCUGAUGGCCUUUCUCUAUUAAAUUGUGUUUAUAGGAGACCAGACUCUCCAGGACCCAGCUGUGUGUCCUUCAAAAGUGACUGUUCGAAGGAGCCGCCGCUUUUUUUCAGAAGACGCUCUGUAUCAGAUCAGUAAGUCAACAUCAAACCCAUGUUUUGAAAGUUAUUUGGGGGGGCUUUUUUUUUAUUAAAGGGACAGCUGAGGAAAGACAGGGGUCAUGAUGAGAGAAGGGAGGGGGAAAUGUGCAGCAAAAGGCCACAACAAGGAGAUAGACCAGCCCCUGAACGUCGGGUGGAGACUUAUACCUCCAGGCCAUUACGCCAACUUCAAGCUGCUUUAAAUAAGAAGAAGACCACUUCCUUCCAAGAUGGCGGUAUCAUCACAUUAGGAUAUUUCAGUAUUCUUUGGACUGAAGUUCUGAUGGUUUCAUAUCUCAUUAGCCACAACUGAUGUUGGUCAGUGUAGGUUUUUCCACCUCUGUAGACCAAAGUGUCUGACUCCUCUCCUGCUUUGAAGUUUCUGAUUCUGUGGAGCUGAAAAGACCUCUCUGAUUGUUUUCCUCUCAUUUCACUAGGACCCCUGUGAAAAGGGUGUCUUCAGAGCCUAUACCCAACUCACAGUCUGACAGGAGUGACUGUUCAAAGGAGCCCCCGCUUCAUUUCAGAAAGCGAACCCUGCUAGAGAAGUGAGUUCCCCUUUUUCUGUCUUGUAGCUCUUUUCUGAGUUUCUGAGUUGUAGCUCUUAAAGUAUCAGACAGUCAGCAUUCCUACCACUGCUGGUUUUAUUCAGUGUGUAAAUUUUGGAUUUCAGUAUGCGACUUCCUUUGCUUGGUAGCCAGUAACGUCUGCAGCAGCUUGUGCACAUUAACACUGACAUGUUUCCUUUUUGCUGGUCUCUGUGUUGAACAGGCUCAGUGCCCUUAAACCCCCCCGCAGCUCCCAGUCAAACAGGAGUGACUGUUCAAAGGAGCCCCCGCUUUUCUUCAGGAGAAGAUCUUCAUCAGACCAGUAAGUUAACAUCAGGCUGCUUGGAAAUGAGACAAUCUCUGAUUGGCUGAAGGAUUGUCAUGAGUCAACUUGCCUGUACAUUAAUAUAAUUUAUAGCUCUAGAACUUCUUUCUUACUGCUCAUGAGUGAUGAAAUGGACUGUACAGAAGAUCCCUGUGCAGGACAGUUUAUUUAAUCCUGCUCCUGCUGGAUUUCUGAUCUGUUCCCCUUCCUGCAGCGCCUGUGAUCCGCUCCUGCAAUAUAUGACCAACCUCACAUGAGCAAAUUCUGACCAUUUAUGUUCAGAGUAGCAGGCAAGCACUGUAUUUAUUUGGCUUGAUAUCAGCAGAAACAUGAUAACUAAUGUAAGUUUCAUAUAUAACAUAGGCUGCUAGGGUGCACCAGCAUGUGACUUCUUCUGCUUGUGAGCUGCUUGUGUCUUCAGCGGCUUUUGCAUCUAUUAACUCUGAGGCAAACUCUCUGUUGGUCUUUCUUAAUCUGACAACCAGGCCCAUUUUUCAUAAACACGAACCAGGACCUGUACCCAGCUUCGUGUCCUUAAAGAGUGACUGGUCAAAAGAGCCGCCGUUACACUUCAAACAUGGAUUACCAGCAACAGAGUAAGUCAGCACUGAGCUACUUCAUAAUUUUUGUAACAGCAGAAAACCUCUCAACAAACAAAUUCUCCCAGUAGAACAGCUGCAUCUUGACAAAAGAGAACCUCCACAGCCAGGUUAGUACAAAACCCAAUUCCAUUGAAGUUAGGAAAUUGUGAUACAUGUAAAUAAAAACAGAAUACAACGAUUUUCAAAUCCUUUUCAACCUAUAUUCAAUUGAAUAUACUACAAAGACAAGAUAUUUAAUGUUCAAUCUCAUAAACUUUAUUGUUUUUUGCAAAUAACUUUGAAAUUUCAUGGCUGCAACACGUGACAAAGAAAUUGGGAAAAGUGGCAAAAAAUACUGAGAAAUUUGAGGAAAAUCAAAAAUUCUGUCAUUCACAAGCAAGGAUGGGGUGAGGUUCACCACUUUGUGAACAACUGUUUGAGCAAAUAGUCGAACAGUUUGAGAACAACGUUUUUCAAAGUACAAUUGCAAGGAAUUUCUGGAUUUCAACAUCUACGGUCCAUAAUAUCAUCAAAAGCUUCAGAGAAUCUGGAGAAAUCACUGCAUGUAAGCGGCACGGCCGGAAACCAACACUGAAUGCCCGUGACCUUCGAUCCCUCUGGUGGCACUGUAUCAAAAACUGACAUCAGUGUGUAAAGGAUAUCACCACAUGGGCUCAGGAACACUUCAGAAAACCACUGUCAGUAAAUACAGUUCAUCGCUACAUCUGUAAGUACAAGUUAAAACUCUACUAUGCAAAGAGAAAACCAUAUAUCAACAACAUCCAGAAACACCGCCGGCUUCUCUGGACCUGAGCUCAUCUAAGAUGGACUGAUGCAAAGUGGAAAAGUGUGCUGUGGUCUGACGAGUCCACGUUUCAAAUUGUUUUUGGAAAUAGUGGAUGUCGUGUCAUCCGGGCCAAAGAGGAAAAGAACCAUCCGGACUGUUAUCAACGCAAAGUUCAAAAGCCAGCAUCUGUGACGGUAUGGGGGUGCAUUAGUGCCCAAGGCAUGGGUAACUCACACAUCUGUGAAGGCAACAUUAAUGCUGAAAGGUACAUACAAGUUUUGGAGCAACAUAUGCUGCCAUCCAAGCAACGUCUUUUUCAUGGACGCCCCUGCUUAUUUCAGCAAGACAGUGCCAAGCCACAUUCUGCACGUGUUACAACAGCGUGGCUUCGUAGUAAAAGAGUGCGGGUACUCGACUGGCCUGCCUGCAGUCCAGACCUGUCUCCCAUUGAAAAUGUGUGGUGCAUUAUGAAGCGUAAAAUACGACAACGGAGACCCCGGACUGUUGAACAACUGAAGCUGUACACCGAGCAAGAAUGGGAAAGAAUUCCACCUUCAAAGCUUCAACAAUUAGUCUCCUCAGUUCACAAACGUUUAUUGAGUGUUGUUAAAAGGAAAGGUGAUGUAACAUAGUGGUAAACAUGCCCCUGUCCAAACUACUUUGGCACGUGUCGCAGCCAUGAAAUUCUGAGUUAAUUAUUAUUUGCAAAAAAAAAAAAAGUUUGAGUUUGAACAUUAAAUAUCUUGUCUUUGUAGUGUAUUCAAUUGAAUAUAGGUUGAAAAGGAUUUGCAAAUCAUUGUAUUCUGAUUUCAUUUACGUUUAUCACAAUUUCCCAACUUUAAUGGAAUUGGGUUUUGUAGAUUCACUGGAGGAAAUGCGAUGUUCAUCAUGUCAAACAGCUGGUAUAUGUAAACACAUACACAUGUGUAAUCACAACAGUAUGAUAUUGUAUACUUCGGUGGUUUGGAUCGUUCCUGUCCUCUGAUUACCAUGACGUUUCCCUUACUUCUUGUUGUUAGAGUGCUUCAACAGUCUAACCGAAGCAUGGAUGAAAAUGAUAUCAUUAUUGAGGGUUAGAGCCCCUCUCUUGCAUUUGUUUUAAAAAUACUUCUCCGGUCAUGUUGUACAUGGGACUUCAUGAUUUUAGACACAAAAUUAUCGCCUCCUUUUGCAAACACCAUGUUUGUUUACAUUGGUGUGUGUGGGUGUCGCUACCAGAUCUUCACCAGAAACCCAAUUUGUACUGCACAUGUGCGAAACUUACAUCACUUCCUCUCCUCGUAUUUCAAUGCAUUUUACAGUAGUUAGUCGUUACAAUUGCCACCUACCUGAUCCGCACUGCGCAAGUGCAAAUUUACCACCUUAAAAACUUUAUUUAAACUACAGAUUGAUUUCAGAAACCAGCUGGCGAUAUGACAGGCAAGCUAGAGCGCCAGAGCUCCUGCCCAGCAUGGUGAGACCUUUUGGGCCUCACAGAACAUUGCCUCCCGGUCAAAAUUAUGGUCCUCUGACUUUUCAAAGUAUCAAAGAGGGAUGCUCUGGAGGUGUGUGGCCAACCAUUGUGACGAAAUGCUCAUGAAUUUUGCAACUCUCUUCGUCGUCCACCACUAAUGUUUUCGUCUAGUCUCGUCAACGUAAAAGCACAUUCGUCUCAUCACAUUUUCGUCAUUUAAGACUUAUGUUUAGCUCGUCAAUGUCACGUCUUCGUCGUGGAAAAAAGAAAAAAACACCGGUUAAUGCACUGUGAUCCCCCACAGAGUUGGUGUGCAGAGCUCAGAGGUUCCAACUGGUCAGUCUGCCAAGCAAGAUGAACCUCAGCUGGACUCCAUAUUUAUGGUCUGUACAUGUUCAGUAACUACCAUUGCUCACAAUACUCUUCAUAUUACACCACUGUAUUUAGUGCAGGACUGUGGUAUCAGGGAUUUAGUUGACUAUUAUUCAUGUCAUAUUUUGUUCCAGCUGCUUGAGGAGAACAUUGUCACCUAUGUGAAGCAUGAGCUCAAAAGGAUCCAUGAAAGCCUGGUUUCAAACCACCCAGAAAGUUUUGAGAGUCAGAUAGACAAUGAGGAGUUGUCGUAUGGUGAAUUGGAAAAGUGGGGGAGUACCAUCAGGGGGGCUUUUCUGAAGAUCACAGUGAACUUCCUGAGAUCAAUGAGGCAGGAAGAACUGGCUGACCGUCUGCUUGACAGUAAGAGAAUUUCUCUAAAUAUUAAAAUGCCGAGCAAAAAUGUUUUCUAAAAAUGUCUUGGGAAGGUACAAAUAUGUUUACACUGAUGGAACCAGUGAUGGAAUAAACAUGAAUUAGUCUUAACUGCUCAGUUGUUCAUCAUAUUUCUUGUUUGUUCACUCAGGAUCUUCUGCCUUAGUUUAUCAACGUAAACUAAAGUCUAACCUGAAGGAGAAGUUCCAGUGUGUCUUUGAGGGGGUUGCUAAAGCUGGAAACCCAACCCUUCUGAACCAGAUCUACACAGAGCUCUACAUCACAGAGGGAGGGACUGGAGAGGUCAACGAUGAACACGAGGUCAGACAGAUCGAAACAACGUCCAGGAAACCAGACAGACCAGAAACAACCAUCAGACAAGAAGACAUCUUCAAACCAUUACCAGGAAAACAUGAACCAGUCAGAACAGUGAUGACAAAGGGAGUGGCUGGCAUUGGGAAAACCGUCUUAACACGGAAGUUCACUCUAGACUGGGCUGAAGACAAAGCCAACCAGGACAUCCACUUCACAUUUCCAUUCACCUUCAGAGAGCUGAAUGUGCUGAAGGAGAGAAAGUUCAGCUUGGUGGAGCUCGUUCAUCACUUCUUCACUCAAACCAAAGUAGCAGGAAUCUGCAGCUUUGAAAAGUUCCAGGUUGUGUUCAUCUUUGAUGGUCUGGAUGAGUGUCGACUUCCUCUGGACUUUCACAACAAUGAGGUCCUGACUGAUGUUACAAAGUCCAGCUCAGUGGAUGUGCUGCUGACAAACCUCAUCAGGGGGAACCUGCUUCCUUCUGCUCGCCUCUGGAUAACCACAAGACCUGCAGCAGCCAAUCAGAUCCCUCCUGAGUGUGUGGAUAUGGUGACAGAGAUCAGAGGGUUCACUGACCCUCAGAAGGAGGAGUACUUCAGGAAGAGGUUCAGAGAUAAAGACCAGGCCAGCAAAAUCAUCUCCCACAUCAAGACAUCUAGAAGUCUCCACAUCAUGUGCCACAUCCCAGUCUUCUGCUGGAUCACUGCUACAGUUCUGGAGGAUGUGCUGAAGACCAGAGAGGGAGGAGAGCUGCCCAAGACCCUGACUGAGAUAUGCAUUCACUUUCUGGUGGUUCAGUCCAAACUGAAGAACAUCAAAUAUGAUGGAGGAGCUGAGACUGAUCCACACUGGAGUCCAGAGAGCAGGGAAAUGAUCAUGUCUUUGGGAAAACUGGCCUUUGAGCAGCUGCAGAAAGGAAACCUGAUCUUCUAUGAAUCAGACCUGUUAGAGUGUGGCAUCGAUGUCAGAGCAGCCUCAGUGUACUCAGGAGUGUUCACUCAGAUCUUCAGAAUGGAGAGAGGACUGUACCAGGACAAGGUGUUCUGCUUCAUCCACCUGAGCAUUCAAGAGUUUCUGGCUGCUCUCUAUGUCCAUGUGACCUUCAUCAACUCUCGAGUCAACCUGAUGUCAGACGAACAAUCAUUGUUUCACCCGCCCAAAGUCUUGAAGGAGAAAACAAAGCUAAAAUCAAAGCUAAAGUAUCUCCACAAAAGUGCAGUGGAUAAGGCCCUACAGAGUCCAAACGGACACCUGGACCUGUUCCUUCGCUUUCUUCUUGGACUUUCACUGCAGAGAAAUCAGGUUCUGCUGCUAGGUCUACUAAGAAAGACAGGGAGGGGAUCAAAAACCAAUCAGGAAACAGUUACAUACAUCAAAAAUAAGAUUGCAGAAACUUCAUCUGCAGAGAAAGGCAUCAAUCUGUUCCACUGUCUGAAUGAACUGAAUGAUCGCUCUCUGGUGGAGCAGAUCCAACAGUCCCUAAAAUCAGGAAGUCUCUCCACAAAGAAACUGUCUCCUGCUCAGUGGUCGGCUCUGGUCUUCAUUCUUCUUUCAUCAGAGAAAGAUCUGGAUGUGUUCGACCUGAAGAAAUACUGUGCUUCAGAGAAGGCUCUUCUUAAGCUGUUACCAGUCGUCAAAGCAUCCAACAAAUCCCUGUGAGUAGGGUAGCAUGAUGAAUAAACAAACUGCUGUCCACUGUCCAAAUAAAGAGCUCUUUAAUGGUUUUAUUUUGUCCCUCCAGGCUGAGUGGCUGUAACCUCUCAAGGGGAAGCUGUGAAGCUCUGUCUUUAGUCCUCAGCUCUAAACCUUCUAACCUGAGAGAGCUGGACCUGAGUAACAAUGAUCUAGACGAUUCAGGAAUGAAGCUUUUGUCUGCUGGACUGGCCAGUCCAAACUGCAAACUGGAAGCCCUGAGGUUAGAAUGACUCAAAUUUACCAUUUAAAGUCCUUUGUUGAUUUUGUAAACCUUCCUAAAUUCACGACGUUAUAAUAACUUGAAUCAAUCAAGUUCUUGUAUUCAUGCAUGCUUUUCCAAAGAGUUCCUUGUUCUGUGUCACUGGUGAUGUCCUAAGAUGAUCCUUACUGUGUCCUAUUCUUGGUCUUUGCAGACUGUCAGGCUGUCUUAUCAAAGAAGAAGGCUGUGCGUCCUUGGCCUCAGCGCUCAGCUCCAACCCCUUCUACCUGGAAGAGCUGGACCUGAGCUACAACCAUCCAGGAGAGUCGGGGAUCGGGCUACUCUCUUCUGGACUGGAGAAUCCACAAUGGAAACUGGAAACUCUCAGGUAUGAAAUCCCAUGCUGCAGUCAAACAAGUUUACUUUGAUAGUAAAUAAUAGUAAAUGUUCUGUGUUCAGAACUUUGUCAAAUGCCAGCUCAGUUUAGGCUCAUGUUGGGUUUUUGUACAAAAGGUUUGUCCGGAGGGUUCUUCUUCAGUAGCUGUUGUAUCAUUUUGUGCUACAUGAUUGUUUAGUUGGGAGUUUUUUUUUUGGCAAGUCAGCCCAAAUCGAACAUUUACAGCUUCUCCUGGAGAAUCCUGAGCCGAAGUAGAAUAUGUAAUCCCUCUGUCAAGUUCUGGGUCUAUCUUGGGGUCCACCUUUUAGUUGAAUGUGCCUCUGGGGGUAGAAGGUAUCUUGGAGGGUCAACCCUGUCAUCCUCGGCGCACAUUCCUCCUCCAAACAAUGUUCCCCUUCCCAGUUAAAGGGAUAGUUCGGCGUAAAUUGAAGUUAUGGUCAAACACACUAUAACACUGAGUUAGACACCCCCUUGAGAGGUGAAUAUUGCCAACCACUUGCUUCUCUAGUUAUACCAACUUAAGUAAUGACCACACGAUAGCAAUACACAGCGGUCUAUGUCUCCACGUGCAAACCUCAGCCAAAAAGCCACACUAUAGACACAAAUAAUUUUCAGAACAGCACCUAACUUCAUCAACAGUACAUAUAGGGUCCCAGCCAUAGUACUAGCCAUCAAACAUCUUGUUAACUUGGUCUAAUUUCUUUAACAAAGAGACUAAAAACAACUCACCCACUCUCCUCCAGCAGCUGCUCGUUUGUGGGGGAGCCCUGACGAGUUGAUCACCGAGUGCAGCGGAGUUUCGCAGCUCAAGGAAGAACAUUUCUGAUCAUUACUUGCAAUCAGACCGAGACGCUGAGGCAGAAGAACAACUGUGUCUGCAGUGCAAAAUGGUUAUUAUGAUGAUCAUUACCUCAUGGAAAUGAUCCACUAUGCAGCCGUUGUUGAAGUUGGUAUAACUCAAGAAGCAAGCAGUCAGCAAUAUUCAUCUCUCAAGGGGGUGUCUAACUCGGUGUUACAGUGUGUUUGACCAUAACUUAAAUUUACGCUGGAAUAUCCUUUUAAGUUAGACAGAAUCAUGGCUGCCCACUCUUGGUCACUGUGGAGAACAAGAAAGUGUAAAAGAGUAACAUGGCGUCCAUUCUUGAUCCAUGUCUGAACCCUUUCCCUCCUUUCAGGGUGGAUCCUGCUGGAGUCCAGUGGUUGACACCAGGUCUGAGGAAGUGUAAGUAUGUUUUCAGUUUGAUUCAUGUAACUAAACCAGAACACAUUCUGGUUUAACCCCUUGAUUCAGACUUCUGUUAGAUCAGUGACUAACUGCAGCUGUUUUGUGUCUCCUUCUCUCCUUCAGAUUCCUGUGAACUGACACUCGACACCAACACAGUAAACAGAAAGAUCCAACUGUCCAACAACAACAGGACGCUGACAAGUGCACAGGAGAACCAGCCAUAUCCUGAUCAUCCAGAGAGGUUUGAAGAUUAUCCUCAGCUCCUGUGUGACACUGGUCUGACUGGUCGCUGUUACUGGGAGGCGGAGUGGAGUGGACUUGUCCAUAUAUCGGUGAGCUACAGAGGAAUCAGCAGGAGAGGCGGAGAUGACUGCCUGUUUGGAUGGAACAAUCAGUCCUGGAGUCUGCAGUGCUCUGAUGGUGGUUUGUGUGUCUGGCACAAUAGCAGCAGAACAUCCAUCUCCCCCCCAUGCUGUGUCUCUCACAGAAUGGCAGUGUACUUGGACUGUCCUGCCGGCACACUGUCCUUCUACAGUAUCUACUGUGAUAAACUGACCCAUCUCCACACUUUCAGUUCCACCUUCACUGAACCUCUCUAUGCUGGUUUUGGCUUGGGGUUAAGUGGUAUUGGUUCAUCUCUGUCUGUGAUCCCCAUGGGAGAAAAAUCAGCCACUUGA